CAGCACUAAGAUACUAACAUGGCAUCUCAUCCACUCUCAUUUUUUUUCAACCCGAAUCAAAUAUCCUCCAAUGGAAACCCCAUCAAUACAGCUGUAAGAAUUCCUGCCGAUGUCUUCUUAGCCCAGAAAACCAGCCCGAACCUCCAAGAAACCCAACAAUUACACGCCCAAUUGAUUGUUUCUGGCCUUCUCAAUCGCCACCCAACCGCCACCAAAAAACUCAUCGAGUCCUAUGGUCUAAUACCCCAUAUCCCCUAUGCCUCAUCUGUUUUCAAAUCAUUUAAUUCACCAAACAUCUUCAUGUACAACACCAUGAUUAGAUGCUUAAUACUGGGUAACCAUCCAUUUCAUUCAAUUAUACUCUAUCAAGGAAUGUUAUCAGAUGGCGUAGUUCCUGAUAAUCACACUUACACGUUUGUUCUCAAGGCCUGCUCUAAGACUAGUUCACUCUUUGAAGGUAAACAAGUGCAUUGUCAGAUAAUCAAGGCUGGACGGAAACCGUCACCUGCAACUACUCACAUACACAGCUCUCUGAUUCACAUGUAUGCGAAUGCUAAUGAUUUGUGUUCGGCAGAGGUUGUUCUGCUGGAAUUCUCUGAGUGUAAUAGGAAUGAGAAUACGCUUGUUAUGAAUUCAAUGCUAACGGGUUACAUGAGAAAUGGUUGUGUGGAGAAUGCCAGGCAAGUGUUCGAGAGAAUGUCUGUGAAGGAUGAUGCUUCUUGGAGUGCAAUGAUAUCUGGGUUUGCUCAGAAUGGUAUGAAUGUGGAGGCAUUGAGUGUCUUUCGGGAGAUGAUUGUGUCCGGUGCGCCACCACCAAAUGAAUCCGCACUGGUUAGCUCUCUAUCUGCCUGUGCGCAGUUGGGGGCAUUGGACCAAGGGAGAUGGAUACAUGCGUAUGUCAAACGGUUUGGAAUUAAGCUUAGUGUCAGGUUGUGUACUGCUCUGGUUGACAUGUAUACCAAGUGUGGCAGCAUUGAUAGUGGUUACCAAGUCUUCGAGAAAAUGCGCAGAAGAGAUGUUGUUGCAUGGGGAGUCAUGAUUUCUGGUUUUGCCAUGCAUGGGAGAGCUGAAGAAUGUUUCAAGCUUUUUGACGAGAUGGUUGCUGAGGGUAUCUAUCCUAAUGCAAUCAUUUUUGUUGCCAUAUUAUCAGCUUGCUCCCAUGCUGGAUGUGUGGAAGCAGGGUGUUAUUAUUUUGAUCGUCUGUCACGAGAAUUUGGGAUCAAACCUUCGAUUGAGCAUUAUGGAUGUAUGGUAGAUCUGUUAGGGCGAGCAGGGCGGUUGGCAGAAGCUGAAGAAGUGAUUGUCUCGAUGCCGGAGAAGCCGAAUGCAAUUAUAUGGGGUUCAUUGCUGGGUGCUUGCAGAACCCAUAAGGACUUGAGGAGAGGGGAACGUGUGUUCAGGCAAUUGAUUGAGCUGGAACCAAGGUCUGGUGACCGGUAUAAGCUGGCUGGACAAAUGUUUGCUGCCACUGGAGAGGAGGAGGAUGCAAUGAAGGUGAGGAAGUUGAUCAAGGGGAAAGAACUGCAAACCACACAAGGGUGUAGUUUCAUUGAAAUAGACGGGAGGGUGCAUGACUUUGUGGUGGGUGAUAUCAAUCACUGUGAGGCAAGACAGAUAUAUUUGAUGUUGGAGGAGUUGAAAAACAGAAUUGAGAAGGUUGAUUUCGUUGCAAGUGGGGUGGAAGUGGUGGAUUUGGAGGAGGAGAAAGAGGAGGCACAUUGAAUUGAGUAGACACAGUGAGGUUGGCCAUAGCUUAUGGUCUCCUAGGCAAAUAACUCCCCAAUAAGGGUGAUCAACAACUUGAGGGUAUGUGGGGGGGGGGGGGGGGUGUUUCACUUGGCCAUCAAAUUUAUAUCUAAGGAGUUCAAGAGGGAAAUUGUCCUUUGAGAUAGAAAUUGCUUCCAUGUGUUCACCAGUGGUGAGUGUUCAUGCAAGGAUUACUGGUAAUGGUAGGUAAUGCCCGUCUGAACGUUUAGUGUCCUAAUUCUCUCCUAAUGCCUGCUAGAAAAAUGGAAAAUAUGUGAAAUAUUUUACAAGAAAGUUUGUUUC